GUCAGAAAAAAAUAAAAAUUACACUUUAUACCAUCUCUGUUGAUAAUUAUUUUUUCUGGCUAACAUGACGGAGCCACAAAAGACACAAAAGACAGAAGAGAAAGAAGAGAAAAUAUUGGAAAAUCAAUGGAUGAUUAGACCCUGCUUUAUUUACGAUGAAGAGUUUUCCGAGUGUGCAGGCUUUCGAGGUAGAUUCCAGCAGUAUUUCGUCCAUGGAGAAUAUGCUGAUUGCAACCAGUGGAAGAUUGACCAUAAAAACUGCAAGCUGUGGACAAGCUUACAGGACGAAACAGCAUUUCAAUUACUCGUAGAAAGUGAAACAAAGCGUAGAGCAGACAGACUGAGGCCACAUGUCGCCAAUACUACAUGGAAGAAGCGAGACGCACCCCCUGAUGGCUGGAACAAACCCUUACCUGAAUGGUUAAAUAAGAUUAAUGAGAAUACAUACCUCCAAAUCAAGGCAGAUGAGUUGAAAGGCAAUGCAAAACCAGUUAUCGAAAAAGGAAACUCAUGUUCGAUAUCGUAGAAGGAUUUGUAGCAAUUCGUAGAGUAAAUAAAUUCAAUCCCUUUAUUUGAGGCA